AUGGAUUUCACGCCUUCUGACUCCGCUGCCGCCCCCAGCCGUGGCGCCUGCUACUCUUGCGGCAACACCGGCCACCAGGCUCGCGAUUGCCCCUCUAAGGGCCCUGCUAAGUGCUACAACUGCGGCAACGAAGGCCACUUGAGCCGCGACUGCGGCGAGCCCAUGAAGGAGAACAAGUCCUGCUACAAGUGUGGCCAGGCUGGUCACCUUUCUCGCGAAUGCCCCACCUCCGGAGGCAACGGCCAGUCUACUGAGUGCUACAAGUGCGGUGAGAUGGGUCACAUUGCUCGCAACUGCACCAAGUCUUCGUAUGGCGGCGGCUUUUCUGGCGGCUACAACAGCGGUGGCGCUGGCAAGACCUGCUAUUCUUGCGGCGGCUAUGGCCACAUGUCUCGCGAGUGCGUCAACGGUAUGCGCUGCUACAACUGCGGUGAAUCCGGUCACUACUCGCGCGACUGCCCCAAGGAGUCUACUGGUGGCGAGAAGAUUUGCUACAAGUGCCAACAGUCUGGCCAUGUCCAGGCCGCCUGCCCCAACAACUAA